AGUUGAAGGAAGCCAAGCGAAACCGAAUCUGCCGCCACGGCAGCCAGCGCCAUCUCGGGGAAGCGUCGUCAACUCGCGAGCGGCCUUCCCAUUGGUCGGUGCCGUGCUUUCGGGCGGCGCUGGCGCCCUUUAGCGGACACGUGGUGCGCUGCUUUGCUACGGCGAGCGGCGAGCGAGAGCCCCUUCCGAGCAGCCUUCCCCUCAUUGAUCCCAGCGCGGCGGUCGGUCCGCUGGCGAGUGUGCGGCACGCUGCUUCUCCGGAGUGAGUGCGCCGCCGUCGUUGCCCCCGACUGUAUUGUGGCUCGUCCCCGGACAGCACGCCGUGCGCAGGAGACAGGCAUGCGCCGCGUCCCUCGGAAACCCUGGCGCGUGCCCGGAUGAGACGUGGACGUUGGUGGAUCCGGAAGUAGUGGCGUCCCGAGCGACCCUGCUAGUGUUUCUUCCUUCGUUCGUGAGGUGCGCGGCCUGUCAAUGACGGUGCCCCGUUGUCGGCUUCGAGACGAAAGGACCCACGACCCGGGCCAUCGUGUGAACAACUCUCGGUCCGGAGUGAUGGUGUAUGUUCCCGUGGCACCGCUGCUGCUUUUUCUGUCGGCGAUCAUCGGAAUAGGUCCCGGCUUCGCUUCAGGCCAAGAGACGACUGUGACAGGCCUAGUGGGCGAGUCGGUGCGGCUGCCCUGUGACGUGGACGUGAAGCGCUGCGGAAACGUGUACUUCAUCACGUGGACCAAGAACGUGUCCGAUGUGUGGAAGCGCAUCUACCUGUACAGCAAUGACGUGGAGAAGCCGCUCCAGGAGCUGGCCAACCCGGACCGGGCCGAUUUCUUCCUGCGCAACUCGACCGCGCAGCUCGAGAUCUUCCCGCUGCGAUUGGCCGACGAGGGCCAGUACAAAUGCGACGUCACCUACGUCAGGGGAAAGUGCCCCUCCCUCUCCUACGCCAACCUAAUCACCUUGGCCAAGCCCAGCGUGCCGGUGAUCGAGAUGCAGGGGCAGGCACUCGAGAGCGGCGCCACGGUGGGGCCACUACAGGAGGGCGACGUGCUGAGCCUCACGUGCAAGACGUUCGGUGGCAAGCCCAUCCCAAAGGUGGCGUGGUACAAGGGCGACAUGCAGCUCUCCGCCACCUUGGACGAGAGCCGCGGGGAGCGCGGCGCGGGAGACGUGGCGGCCACGUUCGCCACGCCACUCAGCCGCCAGGACCUCGGCUCGCGCUUCGAGUGCACCGCCACCAACGAGGCCCUCGAGCAGCCCAUCCGCAGCUGGGUCGAGCUCGACCUGCACGUGAAGCCCAUGGAGAUCGAGAUGGAGAGCCCGAGCAUGCCGGCCAAAGCGGGCACUGCUCUGCAGGUCCGCUGCGUCAUAUCCGGGGCGCGGCCUGUGGCCGAAGCGGUGUGGUACAACCGGACGACGCGCAUGUCGCACCAACCGCAGCCCGCUGUGGAGCCUCUGGGCGACGGCACGUUCCGAACCGUGAGCACGCUCGAAGUGGUGCUCACGCGCAACGACCACGAGGGAAGCUUCACUUGCAAGGGCAGCAAUCCCGUGCUGGACGCCUCCGGGGAACCGCCCCUCGAAAGAACCGUCGACCUGCUCGUCCUCUAUCCACCAGAGGUCAAGAUCGAGCAGAGCCGCGUGGGUGUGGUGAAGGAGGGAGGUCACGUGGUACUGCACUGCUCGUACACGGCCAACCCACGCAUGAUCCUCGACAUGCGCUGGUUCAAGGACGAUGCGCCUCUGCGAUUCGACGAGGACGAACGACUGGAGCCCAGCAAUCCGGGGCUGCCCACUCUCACCAUACGGCAGCUGACCCGGCGAGACCGUGGACGGUACAGCUGCGGCCUGCGGAAUGACAUCGGCUGGGGAAACUCUUCGAACAUUGCCCACCUGGACAUCCUUUAUGUCCCGACGGUGGCGGCGGUGGUGUCGCCGCCGUUCCUGGAGGAAGGUCCCGGCACCCGGGUGACGCUGUCGUGCAACGUGCUUGAGGGCAACCCGGGCCAGCUGCGGCGCGUGCGCUGGCACCGCGACGGCGAGCUUCUCAACGAGAGCACCGAGCGGGUGGUCGUGUGGGCCGACGUGAUGCGCAACGCCACGGGGAAUUACUCCUGCCAAGGCGAGAACGAUGCUGGAUGGGGGCCCGUGUCCGACACCCAGGAGCUGGCCGUCUAUUAUCCUCCCGGCCCCGCGAGCGUAGUGCACGCCAGCGAGUACGCCGUGAAGGGCAAGACGACGACUCUGAGCUGCGUGGUGGAGGACCCGGGCCUCCCGCCGGCCACGCACUACCGCUGGGAGUUCGAGGGCGAGCUCAUCGCCACCGCCACCGAGUCUGAGCUGGUGACGCCGCCCGGAAGCCUGUCGUCACGUGGCCGCUACUCCUGCGCCGCCGUCAACGAUGUCGGAGCAGGACCGAGCGGCGACUACGAACUACCCGUGCUAGCCCCGCCGUCGUUCAUCGACCAGCUGCCCAGCGUGCACGGGGCGCUGCAGAACUCGACGGACGUGAGCCUGUCGUGCCGCGUCGAGUGCGAGCCGGCCUGCGUGAUCGAGUGGCUGCGCGCUGGCGAGAGCAUCGACUACAGCCCACAGUUCAGCAUCCAGAGCACGCCGCACCCGGAGGAGCCGUCCGAGAACCGCUUCGCCUCGGUGGUGAGCACGCUCAAGUUCGACAUGACGCAGUGGCCCGGCGGUGUCCUCGACCGGAACUUGGACAACACCACGUUUACGUGCCGCUCGAGCGGCAACCUUGUCGGGCGCGCGGUCUCCUCCACAACGCACUUCGAAGUCGAGUAUCCUCCCGAAGACAUCGACGUGUCAGUGAAACACCUGCUUGUCUACGAGGGAAACGUGGCCGAGGAGAUUUCGUGCACCGCCAACUCGAAGCCGCCGAGCGAGUACAUGUGGAUGUACAACGACCAGGUCAUCUCGGACAGUCCGCUGCUAUUCAUGAACUACAGCCUCGGUCGUGAACGCAGCGGAAACUACACGUGCGUCGCUAGCAACCGGCACGGAUCGGCGUCCUACAACAGCUACAUUGACGUCAUCUACCCGCCCUCGUGCGUGCUGUACACGAGCAAGAAUUCGGAGGGCCAGGUGACGCUCAUCUGCGAAGUGGACGCCAAUCCGCCACAGGUCAACAUCAGCUGGAUGUUGGGCAACGAGACGAUCGAGCGGAACGUUUACUCUGAGGGCCUACGCAGCAUAUACACCGUGCCCGACUCGACGGCUCCCGAAUACUACGGCCUCUACCUCUGCCAGCCCAACAACUCGUUGGGAGCCGCAGAGUGCGAGUACCGUGUGAACGGUCCCGGCGAUGCCUACAACCAUGUAUACCUGGACGAUGAACAAGUUAUGAUGAUUACGGGCAUCGCGGGGCUCAUCGUUUUAAUAUUCAUUAUUAUCAUCGUUAUUAUUGUCCUUAUAAUGAAGAGAAAGCGGAGGAGAGAUCUCAACAGUCCGGUGAAGUCAAAGUCAAAGGCCGGAGCAGAGCCGGUGUACCAGAACGUGGAAGGCAAGACGGAGAACGGGCCCCCGCCGAUCGCUAACAGCGAGCCUGAGAACAGGGCCACGUACGAGAACAUGCCUUUCCACCCCCAGAGGAAUUCCAAGGGGCCUUACAGGCCCGAUAUCAAUGACGAACUCCUGUACGCUGACAUGUACGAGGACGUGAAAGCUGGCCGGGUGCCGGACCCUCGCCUGGUCAAGCCCCCACUGCCCCCCAAGGGAGGCGCCGGCCCACCGCCGCCGCAGCCCGAGGUGCCACCCAAGGCCCGCAAGAAGGCUGGUCGCAGCGGCGCCAAGUCGGGUGACUGAGCAGCUGCUGCUCCCAGCACCAACCCCGCCGCCGAGCCUCAAAAGCAGCCUGAUGCCGCUGGCCGCAAGAGGACGCCGUUCUCCGCCGCAGCGAGGCCGAGAGUGUCGCGGCAGGGAAGCCUCAGAAUAUCGCGGUGGUUCGGUCCAGGAAGCUGGAUUGCGGCCCAUGCGCGUAUUAUACAACGAUACAUUCUGAGCCCCAUCAACACAAGCAUGUCGCCAAGCACACGUCACGAUGGGAAUGUAUCAGAACUUAAAAAGAAAGACAAAAUGGCACAGAAUCCCUUUAGCUCUUAGCAAUAAUUAAGCUUUUAUUUCUUCAACGUCUAGGUAGGUAAACAUCUUAAUUCGGUUUGUCCGCGUCAAACGAAAUCAAAAUUUUGUCUGCCCCGAUUUUUUUCAAUCUUUCCUAAUUCUACCGUGUGGAAUCUGGCCGCCUAAACAGUUUCGAUGUAUUUUCUCACCAAAUCGUCCGCAUUAGGCUCUGGGUGACUACGUCAAGCCUAUUCCAAACUACCGGUGCAGUUCAAUUUGUUCGAGGCGGCGAAGACCAUUUGCCAGCGCUCCGGCGGCGCUUACCACUUAGCUAACCGGCCACCAAGCGAUAUUUUGCGUCUGUCGCUGCGUUCGCUUGAGGCCAGUCUCGGCCUCGGUCUGCCCUCGGGCGGCCUUCGCGACUCCAAACACGUCCGGCCGUCGCUCCCGCGGACAGACAGCACCUCUGGCGAGUGCGCGCGAGAGCUCAACAGGCGGUGCUCAUCGAGGAGAUCGCCAUCUGCUGCUGGCAGGAAGCUAAGGAGGCCCACGCCUUCUUGCCUCGGUGGGCCGACGCCUGGCGGCGGUGAUAUCUUCGCUCGGCACGGCAGCUUGCCGGCGGAGGCGCGCUAUUGAUGAGCCAUAGCCGGUGCGCGAGGCGUCGUGUAAAUAUUCUGUCUUCGUUUCGCCCGUCGUCUCUGGGGUUUGUGUUUCUCUAUGCGCGCUCGACUGGGUCGAUGUGAUACUCCGCGCGAUGAGAGCCGACGUGGCGUGGAUGCUUGGCUGCCGGCUUUGGCGCACUUUGACAGAGCAACAGGGUGCGUUUGUGAACUCUGUGUGAAAGGUAGCGCGGGAUGUCAAGACACAAUCGAGAUGUCAAGAUGCCCGAGAGUUGUCACGUGUGGGAGAUUUUGGAUACUAAAAACACAAAGGCUCUAAGCAAAAUGUUUUGUAGAUGCUGCUAAAAGAAAGAGAGCCGGAAUUUGCUCCAGAGGACGGGGUAGCCGAAACCGCUUCAGGCACCAGCAUAUAGUAAAAUUCAUGUAACAACAAAAGUGAGGGAAGUUUAUCAGAUGGCGCACAGGUUCGCUAAGAUACACCCGCGACGCAUUUCUCACUUCACGCUGAAAAGGGCAGCAUUCGCAUAUUCUGGACAAUGUUCUAUACAGACAACCAUGAAUAUUUUCACUUAUCUUAAAGCUUGAACCUAGUGUGCCGAUAGUUGACUUUAGGCCUAAAUGUUCGUUCACGAAAAGUCAAUUGCAUGUUCGUGCUAACCAGGCUCUAAAAAUAUACCCCAGUUUGGCGUUUUCCCGGACAGAGAUUGCUUGCCAGGUCGCUGCACCAGCAACGCGAUUACCGGGCCAGCGAUCCACUUUCGCAAGUGUCUCGGGCAGGCUCACCGUGGCGGCGUCUGCGCAAGCUCCGAUCCGCUCCGGCGUUCUUAACUAAACUAGGCACCCUGCACGGGACAGCAGUAGCGGAGGGGCUGGCAUAGCCUGACCGGGCGUCCCCCUUCUCCCACCUCGCUCUCCACUCGCGCUUACCAAACUCUCCCGGGGUUUUUCGAAUUCUAAAUUACGAAACGCCGCGCUGGGCAAAUUGGUUGGCUCCGGUGGUAAUUCCCACGGCGCGGCCUCGCCACUCGAUUAUCCUUCCUUCGCCUCUCACGUGCAAACACUGGCGCCGUGGCGGUGCAUCCAAUGGCCUUCCUUCCCUCACGCCAUCCUGGCUUAUCGCCCAUCACCCUCGGCUCCCUCCCCAUCCGACCCAUCUCGGUCCAGAAAGCUCGCGUCAGCGUCUGCUUGCCGUUUACCCAGAGCUGCACAACCCAUCUUCUCCCUCGCCUUCUCUUACCCGAGAAGCGAGAAGCGCGUGUUCCAAAUUACGCGAGCACAGAAGGAAGUACAGGAAAAUAGCUAGGGAACAGAAAUAAAGACAGGAGCCGGCGAAAAGACGCGAGAGACACCUCGACAAGAGCGUGCCCCGUUAAAGUGCCCGCCGCCACCCGAGGCUCCCUACGCCGACGAGCGGCGGUCAACGCGGAGUAUUCCAUCAGACCACGUCGUGAUCGCCUCUCCGCUCGCUCACUCGUUCGCAUGGCGUGUGCGUCUCGCUCCUCGUGAAUCCUGCGCCGGGUUGUUCUGUGAUCACCGCGUGCUCCCUUUUUUUCUUUUUUUUCUUUUUCGCUUCAUUGUCAGUUUGUGGGAUGUGUUGGCCAUGCCGAGCUCACCAUCGACACUGCAGCCUCAUCGCACCCGGAUUAUGUGUCGCACGCAGCGCUGAGGGCCAACGCCACCCCGACUCCGACGAGGAACGACGCCACUGAUUCCCCAUCUACGGCUUGACACGCCCGUCCUGACUCCUCCCGUUUACAGACGCAUGCACAGACAGACAACGUUCUCUCUGCCAGUGACGCGUUGGGUUCCUGAUGGCGGCGAAGAGAAAAACUCACUUGUGUGUGCUGCACAUACACUCCAAACGCACGCACGGUAAAUGUUACACAUCAGCAACCAAAAACGGCAAGCAUACUUCACUGGCAUGCAGAAGUGUACGACAAAGAGGCGGAUAAAUUCCCCAGCAGGCAGCGAUUUGACGAGCUACCGCGGUGAGCAGGGGGAGCUCAAGCGGUGACGGAUUAAACACGUGACGCGACAAAACAAAACAGGAAAAAAAGAUGGAUACAAUACCACAUGAAAUAGAGAGACUGCAGAUACUGAGGGGGACUUGUAUUAAUACUUUGUCGAACGUGUGAUGAUCGGUGCGUAUUUUUUUUCCCGUACAGCUGUGCGCGUUUGCCCCGAUUUCCCAAACGUUCUCCGUGUUUUUUCGCUGUGCAUUGAUGAGUGUGUGCGUGCCGUAGACUGUAGCGUUGCGCUUCAACAUCUGUGUUCUGGACUAUUGGAUUUCUUUUAUGCAUUUUCUGUUGGCUCUUUGGUGCUGUUAUGCUGCAUUUCCCCCGACGCUUUUGAUUUUCUUUUAGCUAUUCCAGCGAUAGCGCGCACGCUUUCAAUGGAGUGGCCUAGCCUAGAAAAAAUACUUACUGCUCAAUUUGAAUUCGAUCGGGCAAUCGCAAUGAGGAGUACAUGGAAGGGAGCGAACACAACGUUGCCACGAACUCCCUUUGAAAUUCUUCACGAAUGAAAGAAAUUAUAAAGCGUGACAGAGAACCAUACAGAACACACCGAAAAUAAUCGCAAAUGGGACUUUGAAAGAGCCGCUCCCAUGUUUGCGUCGUGUGCUAGCGCAAGUCAUUUACGUUUUGGUGUUUCAUCUUCAGACACUUUAAAUAAUUUCUCAAAUUAACUUGCUGUAGUUCUUUUGCUGGACGUGUGCGAUUCAAAUGAGAGACAGAGACAUAAUUGCCAAUGUUGUUGUUGUGAGAGUUACUAUUCACCGAGUGUUCACAGACAGGGCCUCGUGACGUUGUUUUUGCGCUUGCUUGCAGCCCACGUUGCUUGCUGGCGUCAUGGGUACGUGCAGUCUUUUGAAACACACUGGGCAGCGAAAUUCGUUGCAGCCCUAAGUUUGUGCUUUGCCUGACCUCACUGUGUGUGUAUUGUCACAGGCCUUGUCUCGGCGCUGCCUGAAUUAUUUGUUCCUUUGUGUGAUGAAAGUGACAGUGCCGGCCGUGAAGGCCAUAUGAGAAGUUUUCUUUUAUUUCUGUACAGUGCACAUAAUGGCUGUUACACCAAAGAAUAUGUAUUCUUAUGCCCUAGAUAUUUAUUUGUUGUAUGUUUUUUGUGUACAAUGAUGAACAUUAUACUUGUUUAUAAGAUGGUUAGAAAUAUGUUGCGCGGCUGGCCUCGUUUUUGUUUCCCGUUAUAUGCUUAACAGCGGAUGUUUGACUUAGUGCGGCUAUUGAGUUUAUUUGCCUCUUCUUUUUGACGACACGGCAUUUCUUGAAACUGUUAAACAGUUUCGCGCAAUGGCUGCUUUGUCGAGGCGUUCCGAACUAAACACCGAGAACCCCUAUGGACAUUUAAUUGCGCUCGACGUUAUCGUUGACAUAUUUGGAGAAUCAUAUUACUUAACUGCAUGAGUUCGCUACCGACCAAUGAUGAGAGAUACAUAAAAAGCGUUGGGAGUUAUAUCGUACCCGGGUGGCAGAGAUGAGUAGAUGAGUAGGUUUUUACAUUGAAACAAAUAAUUUAUUAGCGAACGCAGGUGAGCGUUAGGCAUGCUUCGAAUUACCAAGCCUUGUCUCUAACUUGCCGCCGCCAACAUUUGCGUCGAGCGAAGUGCAGAAGCGCAUGUUUAAAAGCAUUGAUCAGGCUAUAACGAGGCAUUGCCGUGAAACCUCCCCACCCGUUGUUCAAACCAUGUCAAAUGAAAAUUUAACGAGGCUGUCCUUCGUAACUGCCCGACAAUGCAACCUUAGUGCGAAUGCGUACCACAUACGCUUUACGAGACUACACAAACCUAAAAACAGUUGCACUGCGGAGCUGGGUCUUUAAAAAAAAUUAUUCUGCUCCCCUCCUUUUUGUGUGACCAGACGGGAUGUGAUUUAUUUACCUACGCCAUGCUCAGUGACAUACUGAGUCUGAGUUCAUGCGAGUUUGGUGUGAGUCUUAAUGGUUAACUGCGAUGCCCAACCACGUCUUACCAGCGUUUCUAGUUUAACGGAACGCAUUGAACAAUGACGUUCGCACGAUGUCCUCAGGGCUGUGUUUUGCUACUAUUUUCUUGCGCUCGGGUUAGAAGGCCUCGUGUGCCGAUUGCAUUCGACCAAAAAUGUUAUAAAAAUAAAUUUACACUGUUUCCGCUCGGUGUCUCAUGGGUUUUACGAAUUGUAAUUGAGCAUGAUACAUGUACCAUGACACCCUUGCGCCUGUUGAGCAAUUCUUACGCCAAGUCAAACACUAGUCAGAGGCGCUAGUUUCAUAUUGCGUUCUCGGAUGUGAGUGCUUUUUGUACACUUUCCUUGCUGUAUUAUUUUCCCUUCUUUAAUGGCCGCAUUACUUGUUUUAUUUAUUUAUUUUUGCAGUAGUGUUUGCAAAACGACGAUUUGAGAGUUUGGGUGUGACUUACCGUUCUCUUUUUGUUCUGUCACGAAACCCCUUAAAAAAGGCAGCGAGAAAGGUAGACGAAAUAUCUGGGUGCCUCACUGUAAAUUAACCGUAAUAUUUUCUAUCGAUUUCCUAUGUACAAUGAACACUGAAUAAAGUACGAUAAUAGUUAAUAAAAUGAGUGAAAUGCACCAAA